AUGGAAGUAGACGAUCCAUGGGAUUGGUCUAUUGACCGUGUGGUGCAAGAGCUCUGUACAGACAAUCGAACAUGGCAGCCUCGUGCCGCACCCACAUCGAGACCGGACCCCACCCUCUUAGAGAAGGCUCUACGGGAACAAGAAGUUACCGGUCCCAUCCUUCUCGUGGAAGUCGAUGAAAUGGUUAUGAGAAAUGACUUUGGUAUCGUCCUUGGUCGUCGACCCUUCCUCCGAAAUGCUAUCGUCGAACUCAGGCGUAGAAGUGUGCAGUAUCAGGCAUCCAUUCGCACUGCCCAUCCGCCGUCAUAUAACAAUUUUGGCCUAAACGAAUUUGCACAACUCGGCGCCGCAUUUGAACCGGCAAGGUCGCCAAUGAUUCAGCUGCCCCCAGAUAUGCCAGUUGCAGGGGCACCCCAGAUCUCGGCCGUUCCAGUCAAUACUUCAAGGGAAACGCCCUCAGGCUGCGCUCUAGCUGACCAGAGUGCGGCAGAAGGCGAGUACAUAUCCUCCGAUGCUUCCAGUGGCAAGAGGCGUAAGCUUAAUGCUGAAGGCGAUUCUACCGACGUUGAGUUUCAGUUCGAGACUGGGAAUUAUGAUGCGACAUAUCACUCAGAUUCUCAAGCUGCUUCCCUUUGUCCUGAGGGCUCUAGCUCAACCCUGGCUGGAGAAGUUGGCAGGUGCACUACUAUCGUCGUAAACGGCAAGGAGAGAAAGAGACUGGCACCAACACUCAUAACCUCGGAGAUUAAUCCACAUCGGAUCAGAUGUAUACCUACAGAGGCAGAUACUGUUCUCCACAACUCGCCGCACACUGCCGAACCUGGAGUGCCCUGUAUUAGUGACGGCAAAAAGAGGAAGAGAAUAGCCCCAACACUCGUCACCUCCGAGAUUGAUCUAAAUCGGAACCGAGAUAUACCUACAGAGGCCGAUAAUGUUGUUCACAAUGACCCGCAAACCGUUGAACCUGGAGUGCCAUAUACUGGCGAUGAUGGCAGGCAGAGAAUUAUGCCUAUCCAUCAGCCCGAUUUGGAGACUGCUGAACCAUCCCAGUGUAUGGAUAUCAUUAAGGGAGCUGUGUCGGGAGUCCAAGAAACAGGCUCGUCUGUUUCAAAACGUUCUCGCAAGCAAAUGCAGAAGGCGCGUCCAGAUUCCAUUGCAGCUGGGUACUUAGGCAAACGAAAGAUACAUGUGGAUGACAUAUUCUACGGAGGUACUGCGGUUGGAGAGGAUCUACCAACCAUAGGCGACGAUAGAGAGUUCAGUCAAGGAAUCGUUAGUAUAUCUAGUGGACGUCGCAUUUAUGUCCACAAUAUCAUGAAGCACUUUCUUCGUUCGGAGCCACAAGACUUUGCCAGAGAUGGACAGCUUCUGUCCGCCGUGCUUCCAUAUUCGAUAGCACUUGCGCCAAAGUUUCAGAAACCCUCCUUCACAUUAUUCCAUCCCGAAUCUGAUGGCAAGAUGCACGCUACGCGGGCCGAACUUCCUUCUUGGCCAGAGGUGGACCCAGAAGCCUUCGUCCAGCAGACCAAAGCGGUCGGAGGAGAUAAUGUCGCCAUAUUUAAUCUUCCUGGGCCUGAGAUGCUGAAGAACAUUGGUUCUUAUGACGACUGGGAUCACUCUCACCUAGAGAAGUACCGACUGCUAGAAGGCGCUGAUGACAUUCUCCCACUCUAUGGAGAAUCUGACUCGGAAAAUGAAUACGACGAAGCAUUAUGGCGUGAGAUUGAGGAUGAGCGCGGUUCGAAACUCGAAAAGCCAACUAAAGCUCUAAAGAAACCACCGUUGAGUGCAGCGGAUAUCAAUACAGCUAUCGACGAGGGUAUUUCUGAGCUCGUGGCUAAAUGGAAGCAGAAGAGACAGCUAAAACUGCAACUCAAAGCAUACAAGACGUGGCAGAAAUCUCGUAAAACCGGGACUUGGAAGCUAGACAUUGAGGCAGCACAGGAAAGGCUCAACCACAUCAUCCAGCGGCUCGCAAAGAUGCGCAGCGAAAUCCUUCGCGAUGUGUGGACAAGUGCAAACCAGGUACGGAGACAAACGACGAUAAUGGAACAAACCAUCUCCGAUCGCGAAGAUUUAAGAUGGAAGAUUACAGUCCUUGAGAAAAAGAGGUCUCCCGAAAAGCCGCCGCAGCUGGCCCCACUUUCUAAACCACAGAAGCAAAAGAAUCAAACCAAAAAUGUUGAAGGAGAAUCGGUCGAAAGCGAUACAGAUACUCCAAGCUCCGACGAUGGCCUAGAUGAUUUCAUUGUUGAUGAGGAUCCUAUUACCAGUCAGGAGGAGCUAGAGCUCAACCUUGCAGAUACCGAGCUAGCCCAUGGCGAUUCAACAUUGUCAGAUGCAAGCCUUCCUGAUAGCCCAAACAAAGCUCAAAACCAUAGAAGUCGCUCUCCUCGAACGUCAGUCAAACUCGAACAAGCGUUGCCAAUGCAUCCGAAACCACCAGCGGCGAAUCCGUCUGAAAUAGUUGACCUAACCCUCAUCUCAUCUGACGAUGGUCCCGGAGUUGUCAACCUCGUUACGCCACAGAAAAGAAAAAAGCCCCUCGUGAGACUUUAUCACCGCAACGGCCCUCUGUCAAGCCCCAUUGCCAUCUCCGAUGAGGAUAACUCUGGGCUUUUAAGUCCGAGCCAGUCGCUUUCGCUCAUUACCGACCCAGCCAAAAUUGCUACUUACCCUAAUCGAAUUUGGGAAACACGGAGCAAUAGGAAGAGCUUGCUGAUUUCGAUACUGUACAAAAUGGACAACUCAUUGCGAGACCGUAUCUUCGAGUCUAUCUCUAAUAUAUCUGAAGAGAGCCUUUGGUCACACCUGGAAGAGGUCAUAAUGGCACACCAGUCUUCGCAAAGCCGUGUGAAAGGCAUGGAUAAUCCCACAUUCGAGACCAUGACAAUCCUCCUUCGGCUGUUCGAGAUAUUUAUCGAUUGCAAAAGUUACCCUUACCGGGAGCCUCUGAGUACAGCCAUUAUAAACAAGCUUCAAACCCACGAACUAGAAUGGUACUCGCCAUUUUAUAAGCUUUGUCACCAAAUUCUAGAUCAGUUUGAUAGCAAGUCCACCUUCUCGAAGCGUUGUAGUAGAUCUCUCGCCAAACAUGGUGUAGAUAGUAACGGAGCAAAGGAUGAAAAUGUUGACAAGGACGACAGUGACUGGUCAGAGGAUGAUGACGAGGAUAGCGAGCCUCUUGGGUCACUCAGACGACGCCGCUCUAAUGGCAUCGCCAUGUCGAAUAAUGAGAGCUCCUCACUCGACGAGACGCCUCGCAAGAAUAAGCGGAAGCUCUUCGAAGAUGCGCAGGCACGAGAUCUCCGAGAGCAAGAUCGGAGACGGUUAGCUGAGCAAGAGCAACGUCGAAAGAGACUUCAAGCAAACUUGGCAAGGUCCGGCCACGCAAGGGAUGAAGAAGAGGGACGAAUUAUCAUCAACGACGCUAAAUCAGAUGACCAAGGCUACAUCCUCGUCCACCCACAGAUUGCGCAACGGAUCAAGAAGCACCAAGUUGAAGGUGUGCGAUUCAUGUGGAACCAGAUCGUAGCAGACGAGAAUUCAAUGCAGGGAUGUCUUCUUGCACAUACAAUGGGCCUUGGGAAGACGAUGCAAGUGAUUACCCUACUUGUUGCAAUUGCCGAAGCAUCUGCAUCGGAUGACCUGAGUAUAGUUUCCCAGGUUCCUAAGCGACUUCGACGAUCCCGAACCAUAGUACUUUGCCCACCAGGUCUUAUUGACAAUUGGAUGGACGAAUUACUAACAUGGGCGCCCCCCGGCCUUCUUGGGCGCCUCCUGAAAGUUGACUCUGCGGUCAAAAUAGACGACAGGCUACCAAUACUCAACACUUGGUAUCAAGACGGCGGUGUUCUCAUCAUUGGCUAUGAGAUGUUUCGGAAUUUUAUCAACAGGAGACCGAAGGCACAAGAUACCCGCCUCGACGAUGAGAAUCAUGUGCGGAUCUGCGAACAGCUUCUCGAAGGGCCAGACAUAAUCAUCGCUGAUGAAGCCCACAAGAUGAAGAACUCCAAUGCGUCAGUGACCACGGCAACCAUCCAGUUCAAAUCGAAGAGCCGCAUUGCACUAACAGGAUCCCCGUUGGCGAAUAAUAUCUUGGAAUAUCAUACAAUGAUCGACUGGGUUGCGCCCAAUUAUUUGGGUCCGAUUCGUGAAUUCCGUCAGAAAUAUGCUCAACCGAUUCAGGCAGGUCUGUGGCAGGACAGCAUGCCUUACGAGCGCCGCCAUGGCCUGAAGAUGCUUGGUGUUCUCAAGGAAGACAUCGCGCCAAAAGUCCAUCGCGCAGAUAUAUCUGUAUUACGGAAUGACCUACCUCCAAAGAAAGAAUUCAUCAUUACUGUGCCCCUCACGGAUUUGCAACGGAAGGCGUACUCCCUUUACGUCACGUCAAUGAUGACUGGGACAGGUCACGCGCGGACCAAGGAUGGUGAAGUCACUCAGACAACCCUAUGGCAUUGGCUUGCUAUUCUCUCCCUCCUUUGCAAUCACCCAGAUUGCUUUAACGCAAAACUACAUGAGCGAAAAGCAGAUGCAAAGAAAGAACCCCCCGCUGUAGGGCGCCUGCCAACUGCCAAUGAAACUGGCGACAUGGGAGACGACAUUGCAAAUGACCUCAACACGCCUAUUUGGAAAGUGGGAGUCUCGCAGGAUCUCAUCAAUGAGGAGAAAAUCUUGUUUGAUGCUGUAGGCAAGGAGAAUAUGAAAUCGCGAGAUUUGUCGAACAAAAUCAAGAUAUUAUUCCAGAUACUUGAUGCUGCGAAAGCCGUGAAGGACAAGGUGCUUGUUUUCUCCCAGUCAAUCCCUACACUCGAUUUUAUUGAAAACCUGUGCAAAUCAGAUGGAAGGAAGUAUGCCAGACUCGAUGGGAAGACUGCAAUGAGCAAGCGCCAAAGCCAAACAAAAACUUUCAACAGAGGCGAUUGCGAGCUGUAUCUGAUAUCCACCAGUGCUGGCGGCCUUGGACUCAAUUUGCCAGGGGCCAAUCGAGUAGUCAUCUUUGACUUUAAAUUCAACCCCAUCAUGGAGGAGCAAGCGGUUGGGAGAGCUUAUCGAAUAGGGCAGAAAAAACCAACCUUUGUAUAUCGGUUUGUUGCUGGAGGAACUUUUGAAGACACUGUCCAUAAUAAGACUGUCUUCAAGCUGCAACUCGCGUCGAGGGUUGUAGACAAGAAAAGCCCUAUUGCCUAUGCCAAGAGGAAGAUCUCAGAUUUUCUUUUCCAACCACGGUCAGUCGAACAAAAAGAUCUAUCCGAGUUCAGGGGCAUGGAUCCUGAUGUCCUCGACAGGAUCUUGGUAUCUCAGAAUGAAGCUUCCAAUAUCGCGGCAAUUGUUCAAACGGAUACUUUCGAAAGAGAUGACGACGAUAAGCUCACUGCCGAAGAGGAAAAUGAGGUCCGACGACUACUGAGCGACGAGCAAUUAAAGCGGACUAAUCCUCAAGCCUGGCAUGCGAAGCAUGCUCCUCCUUACAGAUCGACAUAUAGUAUGCCAGUCAAUCAAGCACCCGUUAUUUACAACGGCAGGGCCGAUAACGGAUUAGCAUCACCGUCAGGAAUGGCGCCUCCAUCUAGUAUCAAUGUUGUUACCCAUCCCAUUUUGUACCCGCUUGCUCCGGGCAUAGGACUACCACUUCCAACAAACGUGGCACAGCUAACUUCCUCUCUCCAUGCUCCGCCCUCUACUUCUCCAUUGGAUAGAAUGAGUAACGAGACUACUUCGUUAACUAAGACCGCUGAUUCGGGUAUUACUUUAUCAUCUACAGCCAUCACGCCGACUGGCAAUACUCCAAUCACUCCAAUUUAUGGUGCUAACUAUAGGGAUCAAUCCGAUACACCUAAUCCUUUGGCUUCCCCAGCAUAUGAAUCAGGGCCGAGCCAGAAUGCAAAAUCCCCAGCCCAGUCUAACGGAAAUCAAGUGGAAGGAAGUAAUGGAGAUAUCACCAAAGUAUGCGACCCCUUGAACUCUUCACUUUCAGUUAUUUCCUCCAUUCCACAUUUGAAUAGCAAUGUCUUGUCUCCAGCUCAAAAGGUACCGAAUUCAAAUCUUGGGUCAGAUUCAAGCGCUCUAUCUGGAGCAGAAGUAGAGUCCUACAUGCAAGACUCCCUCGAUGUUUGUGGGUGGAUAUCUGACUGCUCCGGGGACGAGUUGCGAUGCCGUUAUGAUACGCUACAAUGCAUACCUCUUUCGGAAAGGCGUGAGCUAGAAGUGCUUAAACGGGCAACCUGUCAUCAUCGCCUCCGGGUUACAGAACACCCUGCUCGAGGAAACCUCGCUGCAGAAAACCUUGCUCAAAUAAAGGCUCUAAAAGAAAGCUAUAGUAAACUAGAGCAUGAUCCAUCAAAGGCAAAAUGGCUUGGACAACAAUCCAGAGAACGAAGAAGGCUUGAACAAGAAAGGCUUGCCCAUGAAGAUAUUGUUCGGGAAACCCCUCCUCAAGCAAGCCUUGCUAGUAGGUUUGAAAAUGGACCGCUAGAGGGGCAAGCUGCGAAUGCAGCUGCUGAGAAUAGUACCCUAGGCGAUGAUAGUGCAUCCCUUCUGGCAGCUUCAAGCGAGGAUCAUCCUAUGCCGGACGCUAGUAACACUCCUGUUAUAUCAAGCUAUGAUCAUAUUGCAGCUUCAAGCGAGGAUCAUCCAAUACCAGACGCAAACAGUACUCCAUCUGGCACUUCUAUAUCAAGCGAUAAUGAACCUCGACGAUAA